CAGUGGUUCCCAACCGGUGGUCCAUGGACCCCUGGGGGUCCAUAAGAACUUUUUAAGCGGACCACAAGAUAAACGUAAAUUCUAAAUAUUUUUUGGUAGUGAAACUUAAUUUUGAUUAUUUUUUUCUGUUGAAAGAAACAAAUUAAAUUUUAAAUUAAAAAUGUAAUUUAUGCGAGAAAGCUGUUACACAAAAUUUGCGUUAACUAAUUCGACGAGGACUUGCGGACCUCUACGAAGUAAUAAAUGCUAUAUAAUAUCAUUUUUUAUCCGUAAAUUUAAAAUGUUAAAAUCUUAUCUCAUGGUAAAGAUAACCUUACUGAUUUGUUUGAAAGAACAUGUCUAAAAGUAAAAAAAGGUCAUACUUAGAUGAAUACAUGAGAUAUGGAUUUACCUACAUGCUUAAAGAAACCAUUAGCUACCCACAGUGUGUUAUUUGUUAUAAAGUACUAGGAAAUGACUCUAUGAAACCUUCAAAGCUUGCUAUUCACUUGAAUAAGUGCCAUCCUGAUCUCCAAACAAAAGAUACUGAUUUUUUCAAAAGAAAAUUUGAAUCACUGAAGAGAUGCAAAUUGGAUAAAACUGGGAUUAUUUACCAAACUCAACAGAAUAUAGUAGAAGCAUCCUAUAAGGUUUCAUAUAUAAUAGCACAGAACAAAAAAGCUCACACAUUGGCUGAAGAAGUUAUACUUCCAUGUUCAAAAGAAAUCGUUAGAUUAUUAUUUGGAGAAGAAGCUGCAAAGAAGGUAGAUAAUAUAUCUUUAUCAAAUACUACAGUCAAACGAAGGCUAACGGAUAUUUCAUCAAACAUUAAAGAAAAUGUUAUUAAUGAAAUUAAAGAAUCCCCAUAUUUUUCUAUUCAGUUGGAUGAGUCCACAGAUGUAAGUUCAAUGGCACAACUAAUUGUAUAUUGUAGGUAUAUUCACAAUAACAAAUUUAAAGAAGAAUUUUUGUUUUCUUCUUGCCUUGAAACAACAACAAAAGCAGCUAAUAUUAUGGAAAUUUCAAAACAGUUUUUCAAUGACAAUCAAUUACAAUGGAAAUAUUUGUUUGGAAUUACUACUGAUGGAGCUCCUGCCAUGAUGGGUUGUAAGUCUGGAUUACAGACUAGGGUGAAAGAGAUUGCUCCAAAUGUAGUUGGUGUACACUGUUUUAUUCAUAGACAGGCUUUGGCAACCAAAACUUUACCAGGUAGUUUGAAAACUGUAUUUAAUCAAUUAGUCAAGUUGGUCAAUUGUAUAAAAUCUUCUGCUCUUAACACUCGCCUUUUUACAAAAUUUUGCUCUGACCUAAAUGCUGAACACAAUAAGUUAUUGUUUUAUACUUCUGUGCGAUGGCUAUCUGCUGGAAAUUUUUUGGAAAGAUUUUUCAUGCUUAGAAAUGAAGUGAAAGAAUUUUUAUGUCAAAUGAAAAGUGGACUGGUAGAAUAUUUUGAGUUUGAUAAUUUUGAAAUAACAACUGCUUAUCUUGUGGACAUCGUAGGUCAUUUUAACAAGUUAAAUUUGCAACUUCAAGGCAAAAAUGCUAAUGUUAUUACACAUUCAGAUAAACUGAAGGCAUUUAUUGAAAAGCUCAAACUGUACAAGACUAGAAUUAAUAAUGGAAACUUGAUCAUGUUUCAAAAUUUAAAUAACAUAAUUGAAGUUAACAUGCUUCCUGAAGUUAUAAAGACAGAAAUAGUUUGUCACCUAGAUAAUUUGAUUACUGAAUUUGGUAACUAUUUUCCAGAUAUGAAUCUUUUGAGCAGUGAAGUUAUUAUAUCACCAUUUUCUUGUGAUGUGAAAAAUGUGAAAGAGGAAGCACAAGAAGAGUUUAUAGAGUUAAAGAAUGAUACCACGGCUAAGGAUCACUUCAAAGUAGCACCAUUAAAUAACUUCUGGUUGAAAAUGAGGAAUUCAUAUCCAUUGUGUUCAUCAAUUGCACUUAAAGCCCUUAUUCCUUUUUCAACAUCAUAUUUGUGUGAAGCCGGGUUUUCAGCAAUGCUAUCUCUUAAAACAAAAAAAAGAAAUAGACUUGAUAUUGAUGCAGAUAUUAGAUGUGCUCUAUCAAAAACUAAACCAAAUUUUCAGAUAUUAAUUGCUAGUAAGCAGUGUCAGAAUUCACACUGAUCUGUUCUUGUAUCAUACAUAAACUAAGAUAAAAAAUUUUUGUGUCAUUGAUAAAUAUUGA